CCCAACCCCUUGUUCCCUCCCGGAUCGGAAUUCAACUGUCGAUUCGUCUCGCACUCGCAGCAUAAACCCUAGAAUCGAAGAUCCUCUUCCUUGAUUUCGAGAGAUCGAAGGCGCAUCUCGAUCGAUUCGCGUUUACUUUCUUCGCUUUGACGUGUUGUCCGCGGUUCCUUCCUGGUUCUGACGGAGGAAGCUUCGGUGGAGGCCUCGAGUGAUGUGGUUCUGUCGCUCGCUUGAGUAGUAGAAGAAGAAGAAGAAGAAGAGAGAUGAGCACGUUCGUGCCGAAGGAGUCCAUCGAGGUCCUCGCGCAGACCAUCGGCGUUCCCAAUUUGGCCUCCGAUGUCGCCGUCGCCGUCGCGUCCGACGUCGAGUACCACCUCCGAGAGAUUAUGCAGGAGGCGAUCAAAUGCAUGCGCCACUCGAGGAGAACGGCACUGACUGUUGACGACGUGGACAGCGCUCUUAAAUUGAGAAAUGUGGAGCCAAUAUACGGAUUCGCCUCCAGUGAUGCACUGCGAUUCAAAAGAGCUGCUGGACAUAAUGACCUGUUUUAUGUAGAUGAGAAGGACGUGGAAUUCAAAGAUAUCGUUGAUGCACCUUUGCCGAGAGCUCCACUUGAUACAUCAGUUUCUGCUCAUUGGUUAGCGAUUGAAGGGGUUCAGCCUGCAAUUCCAGAAAGCCCUGCUUUUGAAGGACUCACAGCGGCAUCAGAUGGCAAAAAGUAUGAAAACAGGGAAGAUGGAAUUUCCAUUGACAUCAAAUUACCCAUUAGGAGUGUACUAUCUAGGGAGCUUCAGCUAUACUUUGAGAAAAUUAGAAAACUUACUAUUAGCAAUUCGGAUUCUGUCCUCUUUGACCAAGCACUUGUAAGCUUGGCCACUGACUCGGGUCUUCAUCCUCUGACUCCUUAUUUUACGCAGUUUAUUGCUGAUGAGGUUACACGAAAUUUGAGCAAGAUCUCUUUGCUUUUUGCCCUAGUACGCAUUGUGGGAAGCCUUCUUCAAAAUCCGCACGUUCAUAUUGAACCCUAUCUGCACCAAUUGAUGCCAUCUAUUAUUACUUGUCUUGUUACCAAAAGAUUGGGUAAUCGGUUAAGUGACAAUCACUGGGAGCUCAGAAACAUGUCAGCGAGUCUGGUUGCUUCAAUAUGUAAAAGAUACGGGCAUGUUUACCAUAAUCUGCAGCCGCGUGUCAUACGGACCCUCGUUCAUGCUUUCCUCGAUCCAAAGAAGUCAUUGCCUCAGCAUUACGGUGCAAUCAAAGGAUUAGCAGCGCUUGGACCUAGUGUGGUUCGGCUGCUGAUAAUACCCAAUCUUGAACCUUAUCUGCAACUUCUUUCAUCAGAAUUGUUGCCUGAGAAUCAAAGAAAUGAAAUAAAGAGGCUUGAAGCCUGGCGUGUUUAUGGAGCACUGCUGAGUGCGGCUGGCCUUUGUAUGUACAAUCGACUAAAGAUGCUCCCCAAUUUGCUCUCACCCCCUACUCGUGCUGUUUGGAAGACCAACGGGAAGGUCGUGACGUCAAGGAUGGUCACGAUGUCAAAUAAACGAAGAGCGAGCUCGGAUAACUUAAGGCAGCAACCGCCACUGAAAAGAGUAGCCACAGAGGGAAUGAUUGGUGGCAUGCCUGCUAAUUCCAUGCAAGGAGUAGGGAGCGGAUUUUCAGGGGCAGUGGGGGGUCCUGGUGUUUCCGUAUUGCGUCAAUUGCCCAGUGAAGGCACCUCAGGAAGGGAUCCCGGUGUCGGCUCAACUUCAAAGACAUCAAACGCCUUAGCCCAGGCUUGGAAAGAGGAUGUGAAUGCUGGACACUUGCUCGCCUCGCUGUUUGAAUAUUUCGGCGAAAGCAUGUUCUGCUUCACUCCGAAGCCCGAGUUGUCCUUUUUUCUGUGAUUAGUUAAGCUUGUGUAUCUUGUUUAUCUCAUCAUGGCGCAUUUUGUGCAAAAUUAAUGUUCGCCUGUAUCAAUGAACUGUUUUAAUUGUUCUUCUAGUAGUUAAUGGAAAGGGUAAUACGUUAAGAGCCGUUGAGCUGGUCCCGUCCCUUGGAUUCCGGAAGGUGAUCUCUGCUUUUCUGCCGAAGGACGAUCCAGUCAUUUUCCCUAUAACUGGGGGAUGCGGUGGAGCUGUGAUUGGCCCGAAGCAAGUGAAGUUUGCUCUAGUUUGUGUCCGCGAGUGGGGUUCUUUAAGCCUUUACUGGGCCUCUAGCCGGAAAGUGGACCUUCCGGCAAUGCUGUGAAUUGACAGUUGUGCCCAAUAUUUGGCCCUUAUUCUGGGCCUUUUGAA